AUGGGAGGUGGCAUUCUACGCAGCAGCCCUCCAAAAUGUGGCCAACUGAAUGAGGACGAGGAGUUGUCGAAGUUUGUCCUGUCGACGUUUAGGGCCAAGGAGGAAGAGAUCAAGAAGAAUAAGAUGAAGGUCAAGGAAAAACUUCAGGCUCAGCUGGGUCAGAUUGACGAGGAGAGAAAGCGAUUGGUUACUAUACGAGAGUUGCCGUCUUGCCUUGGAGUUUAUUUGCGAACAUUUUCUCGUCCAUUAGAUUUGGUUUCACUUACCAUAAUUGUACAAGCUUCUCAAGCUGGUGCAUAUUUUUCAGGCCGCAAGAAGCUCAACAAGCUGGAGCUCUCGGACUGCGAGAUUUAUGCUUCUUGCGAGUCAUGCACUAUGUGCUUUGAUGCCAUCCAUCUUGAUGGGUCGAGUGCUCAAGUUCAUUUUCUAUGUCGAACGUUAUUCUUCUAA